CCCAAAUCGUACAAGCGGCAGCAAGUUUGUGAUUAUAUGGGUCUUGUUUAUUAUGUUUGGUCUAUAUGCAGCAAAUUGAUUUCACGAUUUGCAUGCCAGAUAUAAUAGUUUGCAAGUGUAUGUAAAACGAAAUAUUGAGCUUUGCAAUGAAUAAUCCACGGCCAUUUAAAGUUUGGAGCAGUGAUCGUAACAACAAGAAGUCAGUGACAGCAUCAUCUCUGGAAGAAUUAGUUAAAAAAGGCAAACUAAAGCUUGGUUUGCCUGACACUGAAAAUGUACGUCUGGUUUUGGAUGAAGAUGGGACAGAAGUGGACGAGGAAGACUAUUUCACAUUUCUGCCCCACAAUUCAACUCUCUUGAUGCUGAGGCCAUCAGAAAAAUGGCGUCCCCAAGGAUCAGAAGACUUUGCUCGAGAUGAGCCCGACUUCAUGGCGAUGGAAGGUGUUCUGUCAGAGCGAGUCAAGCAGCUCGUGUUGAGUCUGCAGAAAGACGUGUCUCACAUCAUCACAUUCUCCAACGAUGAUCUACAGCAAAUAGUUGAUGUUCCCACUGAGAGUCUGUCGGCUCUGCUGCAAGACACGGAGAGCUACGCUAGGGCUCUGCAAGACUCGUGUCAGCGCCACCUGGAUGAACGCACACAGACAACAGAGGCUAUUGACUUGUUACGGCUAUACCACAAGGCGAGACAAGUCAGCCCAUAUGUGGAGAAUGAUCCCAGUAAGAAGAGAAAAGCAGACAAUCUUUAAACAUUCAUCACAAACCCGUCCACCAUCUCAGCUGUCCCCAUCCUCAUUGAAAGUAUUUUUUAUCAUUAAUAAGACAGGUGUUUAGUUUUUUUUACUAAAUAAUGUUUUACUUUAAAUCUGAAGUCUCAAGUGUAUUUUAUGUUUUACUUUAAAUCUGAAGUCUCAAGUGUAUUUUAUUAGUUUUACCUUUUAAAAUAAAUCAUAUGAUUUACAUUCAUUUUCAUAUCAUCUCACGCCAUUUUUCAAUAUCAUUUGGCUACACUCACUAAUCCACAUCACUUGAAACACUGAGAAGUAGAACUGCAAAUGCUGCAGUUGCCCUCCUUACUAAGUUGCCAUGGUGCUAAAUAAAAUUGGACAUUCAGGGCCAUACCCAGAUCAAAAUCCUGGGGGGGGGUGGGGAACUGCUUUUUAUAAACAAAUGAAACACUAUACAAAUUAAACCGUGAGAUGUGUAUGCUAUUUUCUGGAGUUAAAAAAAAGUAAGAUUCUUGGGGG